AUGGUAGAUCAUCGUCACAUCCUUGACAUACCAACGGGUGGUACCUUCAACAUUUCAGAACAAAGAAACGGGAAAAAUAUUCCCACCAUUGGAGGCCUAUUCAAGCUUUACGUUUCACUAUUCACAGGAUGGUGUCACGACAAGAAGAGACCAUCCCCAACCAAAGCUAACACACAGCACAACAUUGAAGCCAUUGACAUAUCUGACGAGGAUCUCGACACACAACAGGAGGACAACAUGAAUGGAGUCCACAGCUUUAGAUACAAUAAUCCUGAUGGAAGCAAGCACAAAAGCAUGGAUAAUUGCUUUCCAUCCAUACCUUCACCUCUAUCAAGAUGUGGGAGCCGAAGGAGUCCUACACCGACACCAUCAUCAUUUAGAAGUUUGAGCCGGAGAAGCACCAAUUCCAAUGGCUUCCCUCCCUCCCUCUCGAGAAACGCCAGCCGGAGGAGCACCACUCCUAUCAUGUUUUCGAACUCAACUGGCCGGAUGCUGAAACCUCCACCCAUCGAAAGAAAACUUGAGUGCACCCUUGAAGAGUUGUGCUUUGGAUGCAUGAAGAAGAUCAAGAUUACAAGAGAUGUGCUUACUAACACGGGGGAAGUGAUUCAAGAAGAGGAGUUGCUAACAAUAAAAGUGAAGCCAGGAUGGAAAAAAGGGACAAAGAUUACUUUUGAAGGUAUGGGAAAUGAGAGGCCUGGUUCACUCCCAGCAGAUGUAAUCUUCAUAAUUGGCGAAAAACGACACCAUUUAUUCAGAAGGGAAGGGGAUGAUUUGGAGGUUGUAGUGAGAAUCCCUCUAAUUAAGGCCCUCGCCGGUUGUGACAUCUCGAUCCCUCUCCUUGGCGGCGAGAAAAUGAGCUUGAAAAUCGACGAUAUCAUCCACCCAGGCUACCUAAAGAUCAUUGAAGGUGAAGGCAUGCCAUGUCCGAAAGAGCAAAGAAAGCGUGGAGACCUGAAAGUUGUAUUCUUGGUUGAUUUUCCAACAACAUUGACAGACCAACAGCGUUCAGAUGUUGUUAGUAUUCUGCAGGAUUCUGUUGAAUAACAAGUCUGGUUGGGUUUUUUUUUUUUUUUUUUUUUUUUUUUUUUUUUUUUUUUUUUUCCUUUGUAUUGGGUAGGAAUCAGACACUAGAUUUUGUUUUGUUUGAAAGCUCUUAAGUUUAGGAAUUAUUAUCAUCUGAUUUAUGAACAAUUAAAAUCCGACUAUUCACUAAAAAAUAUCAAUGCAACUCAUCAUAUAUAGGGUGCGUUUGGUAAAGAGUAUGACUGAUAGAGUAUACGUUAGAGUAUACUCUAUAGAUAUAUGUUAGAGUAUACGUUAGGGAACGUGCCGAUGAAGUGUUUGGUGAAACUAUAAAAUACACUCAUUAGAGCUAG